AUGGGCAACCAACCCAGCUCGUCGCGCGCCCCCACGCCGGGAGGGAGCUCCAGUCAUCCACAAAGCCCCGUCGCGAGCGUGACAUCGCCCACGUCACAUGCGCCUUAUCAUGACCGCGAUCGCGCCCAGCAGCACAACCCCAAGCGCAGAGAGUCGAUCCAGGCGCUCAGCACCGUCUUCGACAGGAAAGCGAGCGUCGCCCCACCCUCGGCUUCCCUCGAGAGCGCUGCUGCCCUCACAGCGCCCGCACGGCCGAGAAGCCGUUCGCAAACCGUUUCCGCCGCCACGCCCACCACGCAAAUCACAAACACACUCCGCGCCGCGCAGGACAACUUCAAGUCGGCCUCGCAGGAGAAGAUGGGCAACGAGCAGAGCCGCCCAAAGGGCCAGCCACGCGAACUGACCCCACCUAAGCCAAAGCCGCUGCCGGUAGAAGAAAAGCCGAUACCGUCCCCGAAAACUGCGCCAAAACCACUACCGAUACCUCGUGAAGACCCGCAUUCGCAUGGCGGCAGGAACGAACCAGCCUCCGCUGCCUCUCUCGAGCCCGCCGACGCCUCGCAGGAAGCCUUCGUUGUCCCCUCGUCCCACUACAGCCGCCCACCCCGCCUGCCGUUGCCCAUCGAAGAGGAACCUGUGGGCCCAGGCUCACCCAUUAUCUCGCCCGCAGAUCCAACAAGCCUCAUAAACCAUGACGAGAUCGAGGGCGCUCUCCCGCGCCGGACGUCCAUGCUGAGCGACCGGACUGCAGAGGAUGAUGACCUGGCAGACGAGUUCAAGGGACCGCAAGGCCAGGUGACGGUACCAACAUUGAUUGAGUGGGAGGGGCCUGGCGAGCGAGUAUAUGUGACCGGUACAUUUGCGGGUUGGGAGCGGAAAUUCAAACUACAUCGAAAUGGCCCCAGCAAGAAGAAAGAUGUCCUCUCUGCCUAUGUCCACAUUACACCCGGCACGCACCAUCUCAUGUUCAUUGUGGACAACGACAUGCGAACGUCCGAUAAGAUGCCGACGGCGGUAGACUACACCAACAUCCUUGUCAAUUAUGUGGAAGUGUCGUACGACGAUAUCCCGAAGCCCGGAGCCGAAACCAAGGACGAAUCGAAAAAGUCAGAAACCGCUCCCGUCCCAGUUCAAGAUCAACAGGCUCCCGCUGGUAUCUACCCUCCGCAAGUCCUACCAGCCACCCCAGAGCUCGCGCCCGUGCAGAAGCCCCUCCCCGAACCUAAGCCCAAAGUGCCGGCACCAGCACCCAAAAGGUAUCACCAAAGCAUACCGCGCUAUCUGCUCGAUCUGGAUGCCCCCGAGGACUCACGGCGCUUUGUACGUGCCAAUGCUGCGGGUAGCGCCCUACCGACUCCUCCCACGCUUCCAAUGUUUCUUAGUAAGAGCAUCUUGAACGGGACAACGCCGAUGAAGGACGACAGCAGCGUAUUGAUUAUGCCCAAUCACACGGUGCUAAAUCACUUGGCGACGAGCAGUAUCAAGGAUAACAUCCUUGCUACGAGUGCGACGACAAGGUACAAGCAGAAGGUAUAUCACGACCCAAUGCUACUAUAG